AUGGGCAAGAAGCUGCGCAAAGUAACGUUCAAAGAUGGAUCCUUUCUCAAGUCGGCGUUUAACCACAUUUCUCACACGACUGGUUCCUGCACCGCCCGUAUAGCGAUAUCCGAUGUAUGCUUCCCUGUGGAAUUCCGAGUCCUCCCUGUUACCUCGCAUGACAUUAUACUGGGCUGCGAUUACCUUCAAGAGCAUCACGCCAUUAUCGAUCACUCUCGCGGUGAGAUCACUCUGCCUACAGGGCCGGUCUACGCCAGUGAGGCCGACUGCGGCGUCCUUAAACUGCACGUUGAGCACGAUACCGUGCUUCCCCCUCGUACUACCAUAUUCAUAGAUGCAGUCUCCUCUGAAGCAUCGUCUACUCCUGAGGUGAUACUGUCUCCUCACCAUACUCCGCUCGCACGCAAGGUUCUCGUUGCUCCGUUCUCCCUCUCACGAAUUGACGGCGGAAAGACGUCUCUCCCUGUCAGCAACACUUUAUGGGAGCCUGUCCUGUUGCCGUGCGGAUUUGUCGUUGCCACCUUGGAACCCGUGAAGCUCGGCGCCGUGCAUGCUCUCGGAAAUUCCGCCGACGCCGCGGUAGCUCUCCCUCAUCCGGUGCACGACUCGGCCCUAUGUCGAACUGUUUCUCCCUCGCUUGACGAUCGGAGUAGAGGCAUGCUUCUGUCCUUAUUACGAAAUUAUGCACAUUUAUUUGACCUCGACAAAUCACCUCUUGGGGUUGCACGCGACGUGGAACACUCAGUUGACACUGGCUCUGAAAGGCCUCUUCGACAGAGACCGUAUCGUGUUUCUCCCGCCGAACGACAACAAAUUGAUAAAGAGGUCGACCAAAUGCUGUCCAAAGGAAUAAUCCGUCCUUCCUCGAGCCCUUGGUCCUCACCUGUCGUCCUGGUUCCUAAGAAGGAUGGCUGUAUACGUUUUCGCAUUGAUUACCGACGUCUCAACAAAAUAACCCAUGCCCCGGAUUGA